AUGAUUUUGACCAUGGAAACCCCAUUCUUCUGGUCAGUCCUUGGGCUGUGCUUGUUGUUUCUGAUGCGAUGGUCUUCUACUCCUGCUCUGAAGGGGGUUCCUACUGUCAAGUACCAUCGUCUGCUGCCGGACUUUCUGAACCGGAUCUUCUACUACCCCAACGCCGUAUCGAUGAUCAAUGAAGGAUAUUACAAGAAUGCACUGGGAGACUACACACACAUUAUUCUGAAUACCGAGUUGGUGUCUCUGACGAUUCGCAAGCGAUUGACACCUGCUCUAUGUCGAGUUGUUCCCCGCAUGAUCGAUGAGAUGGUCGGUGUCUUCAACGAUGUCCUACCAGGAGACGGAGAAUGGGUCAAAAUCAACUCCAACACUCUGUUCAACCGGCUCAUUGCGAUCUCAGCAUCACGUCUCAUGGUUGGUGAUAUUCUCCGCCAAAACGAAGAAUGGCUCAAUGCAGCUAUCACCUACGCCCACAGCCUGGGAAUUACUCUGGUCCUUUUGCGGCCCGUUCCCAAAUAUCUCCGUCCCUUGGUGGCACCCUUUCUUCCUCCGAUUUGGCGUAUGAGCAGGAGCGUGCGCCUGGCGAGACGUCUGUUUGUCCCGAUCAUUGAAGAGCGACGGCAGGCAGCGAAGGAAAACCCAGGAUACACCAGGCCAGAUGACUUUUUGCAGUGGAUGCUGGAUCUAGGCGAAGAACUGGGUGAGAAUCUUCCUGCCUCUGAGAUCUCGACCCAUAUGUUACUCUUGGUGGGCCUGGCGGUUACACACACAAGCACUAUGGCUUUGUGCCACGGCAUUUUCGAUUUGAUCACCAAGCCGGAGUAUCUGGAGCCUUUACGGGAGGAAAUCCAGCGGACUCUGCCUGAUGGAUGGCACAAGGGCACUCAGGCGGCAUUUGGAGACCAGGUUCGAUUGGACAGCUUCAUGCGGGAGUCUCAGCGUUUUGCACCACCCGGCGACUUGUCUUUCCACCGCAUUGUCAUGCAACCUCUGACCCUUCACGAUGGUAUCGUCCUGCCAAAGGGAAUUCACGUCUGUUUCCCUGCAGGCGCAAUCAGCCGAGACCCCGGUUUCGUCGCCAACCCCUCGACUUUCGACGGGUUCAGAUGGUGCAAAGACCCUAAGGAUCGGUAUCUCCUGUGUCCCGAAUUGGCCAACUCCGUGGAAACCAAGUCCGAGAACGAUGAAGAUGCGGGCAACGCUCCAGCCUCUUGGGUUUCCGUCACUACUACAAACAUGGGAUUCGGUUUUGGACGUCAGACUUGCCCUGGUCGAUUCUUUGCGGCAAACACUGCCAAGAUCAUCAUGAGUCGCCUCAUUCUGGACUAUGACUUCAAGCUUGCUGGGAAGAAGAGCGGAGAACGGCCACCUAACGUGUACAUUGGAGAACACAUUCUCCCUAACCUCCAUGCUGAUCUUCUUUUCCGGAAGAAGACUCAUGGUUUUUGA